AUGAAUACAUACAGACGAUCACCUCAAAGUGAAAUGGAUGCCAAAGAUUUAACUGCAAUUUGCAAAGAAAGGAUAGAAUUAUACAAAAUCCUAGAAGAAGUUAAAUUAGAAAACUUUGAGAUUGGAAGCCAAAAAUGGUCAGAUUAUAUAAAAUCGAAAAUAAAGGAGAACAAUCUGAAAACUUACUUAGAUUUAUUGACUGAUGAAGAAUCUUCUUCCACUUUCAAAAAAUCUCAAAAAAAGGAUAAUAUAGCACAUUGGAUGUUAGGAUUAGGUUAUUGCGACACAGAAGAACUUCAAAACGUUUUCGUAACUUGGGAACUGCAAUGGUUCCAUUUAAUAUUCAUGAACUCUUCUGAACAAGCUCGAAAUCAAUUUUUGAUAAAAAACAAUUUAGUCUAUAAAGAAGUAAGUCAUAACGAUAUAAUCGACCACGGGGAAGAGAUUGAGGCUUGCUUGGGAUGCGACUGUUCUAAAAUCCCAAAAUUAUAUCAAAUACAUUGGACAGAAAUACCUGAAGUUGUAGGUGUUAGAAAAGCGUAUUUGUUUAUGGGUGAAACUCAUUUUCUUCCAGAAAAUAUUGUUUAUUGCGUUAAACGUAAAUUAAAAAACGAGUUUUUUGAGAGUUUAAUGUUUCAAAAAGAGAAUUUUCAUAAACUUAAAGAUCAGAGGCAAACAUAUUUCAUAAAAAGUCUUCCAUUAAUCGUCCCCCGAAAACAUUAUAACAUUAUUGAUGGAGUUAGUUUGUCUAACAUUGAUGAGCUAGCAAAGACUCAUUAUCCUCUUUGCAUGAGACAUCUACAUCGAUUGUUAAGACAAGAACACCAUCUAAAAUACGACGGCAAGAUGCAAUACGGCAUAUUUUUAUACUAUUUAGGAUUACCGUAUGAGGACGCCAUGCAAUUAUGGCGGGAAGAGUUCACGAAAAAAAUAGGAGUUAAAUUAUUUAAUGCAAAAUAUCAAUAUUUAUUCAAACACCAAUAUGGUAGAGUUGGUCGUAAAUAUGAAUACCCCUCUUCUACCUGUCAAUAUAUUAUCAAUUAUCGCCUCCCGAUGUAUCAGCAGACCCAUGGAUGCCCUUUUAAACAUUGGUCUCCUCAAAAAUUAAGAGACACCCUCGAACAAGAUUGUCACGGUCAAGAUAUUGGAGAUAUAGAAGAUUUAGUUCGAGAGGGCAAGUACCAAAGAGCUUGCACUAAGUACUUAUGUAAGACUAAAAACAUUCACGAAGGGAAAGUUGCAACCAUUGAUAGUCCCAAUGGUUAUGUCCAAAUAAGUAUUAAAGAAAGCUCCGAUUGUUUGGAUAGUUUGUUUUCGAUGGGGAAGAUUUGA